AUGGGAUUUAGUGUUAGGAAGGGAAAACAGUACUACUUCCCUGGAACUCGGAAUGUGAAGUCGAAAAAGUUCCAUUGUUAUAAGGCUGGGUUGAAAGCAAAACAAGCGAGUGCUAUUAAGUGUUAUACAAAGAUAGAUACUCGGACUGGAUGUGAUGCAAUGUGUCAAUUUGAAUUAGAUUCAAGUGGGAAGUGGGUAGUUACAAAACAUGUAAAGGAGCACAACCAUGAGUUGUGUCCGGCAUCUGCAAGCUAUAUGCUUAGGUCGCAUAGGAAUGUUUCUGUUGAUCAGUUGACAUACCUUAAAGAUAUGAAGAGGAGUGGAGUCCCAUUAUCUGAUGGUAUUCGAUUUUUAAAACAUCAGUCUGGAGGUUCACCAUUUGUUGGAUUUACUGCCAGGGAUGCUUAUAACACAAUGUUGUUAGAUUCAGCGAAGCAUUUAGAUGGGACUGACUCUAACACUUUGAUUGAGAUUUUUCGGAAGAGACAAUUGAAUGAGUCUGGUUUCUUUUUUGAUUUCGAAGUUGAUGAUGAUGCUAGGUUGUGUAUGAACCACCAUUGUAUGAAUGUGAUGUUUGGUUGUGGCUUUUUAUUGAAUGAGAGGACAGAAUCUUUUGUUUGGCUGUUCAAAACGUUUCUACAGUCAAUGGAUGGUAGGCAGCCACAAACAAUAAUGACUGAUCAGUGUUCUGCCAUGGCUGCUGCAAUCAUGCAAGUAUUUCCAAAUUCAAAACAUAGGCUAUGUAUUUGGCACAUUGGGGAGAAUUCAAAGAAGCACAUCAAAGGAUUGAGAAUGCAGAAGGGUUUCAUAGAGUUAUUUAAUUUUCUGUUAAAGUAUAGUAGUGAUACAGAAGCUGAAUUUGAAUUUUACUGGAACAGAGCUCAACUGGAUUUAUUCGGCAUACCACACACCCUCUCUACUUACAAAUAUGGAUGUGUGAUUUCUGAGUGGAGGAGCAGGGAGAGUGGUGAAGAUGUUCGUUGUUCUCAAGGUUUGCCAUCAAUGGCUAUGAAUUACGUGAAGUUACUUUCACAUGCUAGAGAAGUUUACACUAUUGAGAUAUACUUUUUAUUUGAGGAACAGUUCUUGAAAGGUUCUUCAUGCCAUCAAGAUUUGGUGGGUGUCAGUGGUGAGGUUUGUUUUAGUGUUAAGGACUUGGAUAUAAUUCGUCAUGAGGUUUGUUUUAGUGUUAAGGACUUGGAUAUAUCAUGUCAUGAGGUUGUUUUCAGAGAUGGGUAUUUUGUGCUCUCAUUCUCUUCGCAUUUUAAAUAUUCACUGUCUUGCAACAAUCCCUGA